CUGAGUCAUGUUGUGUCCACUGUAAGUAACUAAAAUUGGAACUGUUUCAAAUGUGUUGCUCAAAGACCUCAGUGGGUUGCUUGAGAUUCUGCUCCAGCUUUGGGUGUCAUGUCCAGGGACACAUUUGCCUUCAGCUCAGCCGCCUUACGUUCUCUGAAAGUGGAUCAGGAGCUCCAGGAGUGGGAGGAUAAGCGGCAGGCAUUGGCUCACAGGAGGGCCAUGAGCCGGCCACCUGUGUCCCGGGCCUCCAGACCCCCUCCCAGACAGCAGCGGGGCCUCCAGGAGAUCCGGGUCUAUGAGGCCCGAUGCAGAGACACCACAAUCCACAACACAUUCAUGUGUGGGGACAUGAAGGGAGUGCACGCUGUGUUAAAGGACCCCUGCAUGGUCAACGCACUGAUGGAAACAGUGCAUGAAGAGAUGGUGUGGGCUCCAGAGCUGGGGAUGUGGACCAUGAGCUCCAAGAUCAAGCAGACAUCUGCAUUGCGUCUGGCAGCCAGCAAGGGACACUCAGGCUGUGUGGAGGAGCUGCUGUUUCGAGGGGCAGAGGUGGAUGCUGACCCUGGUGGCAGCACAGCCCUGCAUGAUGCCUGUAUAGGUGGCCAUGACAGCUGUGUCCAGCUGCUGCUAGCCCACGGAGCAGACCCUGACCUGCUGGCAGAAGACGGCAGUGCACCCCUUCACCUCUGCAGCACAGCCCAGACAUUUCAGUGUGCUGAGCUGCUGGUGACGGGUGGGGCAGAGGUCAAUGUGUUCACCAGUGAAACAAAGCUAACGCCCCUCCAUGUGGUGGCUCGUCGGGGUCUGGAGGAGCAUGUGAAACUCUUUCUGUCCCAUGGAGCUGACGUGUCAGCCAGGAACCGUGAGGGGGAGACCCCCUUGAAUGCAGCCUGUGCUGGGGCUGAGAGGCCUGCCGAGGCUGGGCGGUACCUCCGCGUGGUUCAGAUGCUGUUGGGAGCUGGGGCUGACCCCUGCACUGCAGGCAGGAAACACCACACACCUCUACACAACGCCUGUAGUAACUGCAGCCCACGCAUUGCAGAAAUCUUGCUACAACAUGGAGCCAAAGCAGAUGUGCAGAACUGUGCAGGAUACACACCCAUGGACUGUCUGUUACAGGUGGUGGAGGACUAUCCAGACCAGCAUCCUGAGGCUGUAGCACGCUCCCUCCUAAACCACGGGGCCAAGGCCGGUAAAAGCUUGAUGCUGAAGCUCUGCCUCCUCUCCCCUGCCACUCUGGAGGUAAUGCUGAACUGCUACGCUGUUGUCCCUUCCUGUGAGGAAUGGAUGCAGUCUAUCCCUCUUGAGAUACAUGAGACGCACCAGGGUUUCUUUGACUCUGUGAGGCAGAUGACUAGCCAGCCCCGCUCCCUGCAGCACCUGUGCCGCUGUGCUCUGCGCCGCCACUUAGGAAAAGGUAUCGACGCAACUAUCAGUAGAUUGGACAUCCCCAGCUCUCUGAUGGAGUAUCUACUACUUCGGAAUGAAGGGGAGAUCCGGUGAAUAAAGUGGAACACAUGGGACAGAAGCCAAGAGAGAGAAUGAUUUGCAUUUUCAAUAACUGAA